UUCUCCAGGUACUUCUUCCUUAGGCCCUACGUAGUUACACCAUCUCCACUACCGCGCACUCUGUAGUCCCAAAUAUUGGUUGGUAACCAUACCAGUAGUUACACCAGCUGGGCUUUCACCCAAUAGUUAUACCAAUUUCCAGUAGGAAAUUUCCACCAAUUUGGACCUAGAAAGCGUGCGUAUAGACCCACAAGUAAAAAUUUCAAACUUGCCCAUACCGUGAGAAUCUAGAGUUCCCUUUUUCUUGCGACCUGUUAGCCGAGAAUCAAUAGAUAAACGAGGUUAUGUUUUAAGGACCAAAUUAAAUUGAAAAUCCGAGUUCAAUCUUUAGAUUUCACCGCUAGGUUUGGAAACGAUCAUUUUUGUUUGCAUUGCGAUCAGGAUUGCAGACAUCAAGUCUUCAAAACUUGGACUUGAAACUCGUGUUCCGGAAGCCAGGUUGGCUUAUGAUCUGCGGUCGAAGACAAGAUAGUAAUGAUUAGCCUUUAUUUAUAGCGUCUGAAAUUAUGGUGGAGUCACACCAGUAGCUCAUAGACGCGACGAAAUCGAUGCUCAACGUAAGCCUUCGAGUGACAUGAAGAGCGCUUCCCAGUAUAGCGUCCUGGUAAAACUUCGAAUGUGUUAAGAAGAAUAGCCGCUUUAUUUCUCUCACUUGUAAAACAUCGAAGAAACUCUCAAUCUACACCAUUCAAAUCAUAUCAUCGCAUUAAUAGUAUCUAUAAAAUAUCAAUUCCUUGAGGUGUUCCUACUGAACGGAAGCAACGAAUCUCGCGUCCCAAAAGUAGGCAUUAGCUUGGAUUAGAGCCUGCCAUGAUGAACCAUUAAUAAGAUUUAUAGUGCUAUAUAACGAACUAUAUAGAGUGCGCAUUAAUAAGAAGAUAUAUAGUGCUCAUUAACAACAAGGUAUACUGUGCGUGGACCUAUCGUAUAGAAACACGAAUAUAUUGACUUAAUAAUACUUAUAGGCUCGUCGGACAGCAGUGCUUUCACCUGAUCAAAAAAACUCAGUGAAUUAACGUGCAGAAGCAAUAAGUGAUUCGUGAGUUAAGUGAGACGAUCAAGAAUACUCAAGAUGAACCCUAACAAUAUCAGUGGUUUCUACAACAGCAUGGCAUCGUGCUUCAAGAAAUACACGGGAGCCAUGCCCAGCAUCCCAGGGAGACGCCCUGAGGCCGAGGGGGCGGCGACCCCUGAACCCAGCCUGGAGGGCGCCAGCGGGGGCGACACCCCCCUGAUGGAGCCCGAACUCCCCGAGCUUCCUGAGGAACAGAAACUCCCCCCGGGAGUGCUGCAUAUCCAGGAGGGCGGCAUCGUUUAUAAGAUACUGACGGAGGAGCAGUCGGACGCGGCAGUAGACCUGCUGUGUAAUCAUUUCUUCAAAGACGAGCCGCUGGGUAAAGCCCUGCACCUUGACAGCCCACGAGAGGUCGACCACUGGCUCGCUAACUUGCUGCCUUACAUCAUCCGUCACGACGUCUCGGUGGUUGCAGUGGACGAGGAGAACGACAACAAGAUCGUCGGCGUUGCCAUCAACUCCAUCAAAGAGAAGGAUGCGACCCCGGGGCUGGAUGAUUUCCUGGCAUGGAUAGACCCCCAAAAAGACCCUAAGAUGUUCCGCAUCAUCUCAUUCCUGCGACAUGUCUCGCAGGAGGUGGAUUUCUUCGAGAAAUACGGCGUCGACAAGCUGAUGCAGUUUGAGCUGCUGAACGUGAGCAAGGAGUACAGCGGCCGAGGCAUAGCAUCCAUGCUGGUCCAGCAGAGCGUUGCCCUGGCGCGCCAGCACAACUUGACGUGUCUUGUGGCCCUCACUACAGGGAUUUUCUCGGCCAAGAUUUUCGCACGGCACAACUUCCGCACCAUCCGCGAGGUGCCUUACAGCAGCCACCGCGAGAACGGCAAGCUCGUCUUCCCUUCCACCGGCAUCCACACCUCCACGCGCGUCGCUGUCAAAAUCCUGCAGUAGCCUCCACCACCUGGCAAGCUCGUCUUCCCUUCCACCGGCAUCCACACCUCCACACGCGUCGCUGUCAAAAUCCUGCAGUAGCCUCCACCACCUGGCAAGCUGGUCUUCCCUUCCACCGGCAUCCACACCUCCACACGCGCGCUAUCAUAAUCCAUCCACCGAAGCUUAAUAGCUAAUUGCCGAAGCUAAAUAACUUGACGCUAAGUUGCCGUUGAAGAAAUUCUCUGCGUUCGCGCAUAAAAAAGCGGAGCGAGAGAACUGCGCAGCCGUUCUACGCCCGAGGCAACAUAAGUUUAUUUAUAACAUUUAAUCAUAGAGUAAAAUCUGUUAAUAAAACGCGAGGUUUUGCCCACAAAUUAAAAAAUUCAAAGUUUUCACAAACAAUUAAAUAAUGAAGCAAAAAACAUAACUAUAAACCUCGGAAAUACAUAAAGGUUCGUAACCAAGCAUUGAAUUUGGAUGCAGGUAAAUAAUCGACAGCAUUACUGCUUUACCGGUCAAAAAACGAUUUAAUCUUACUAGGAUUUACGAGUUCAAAGGAAGGGCGGUUAACUAAGUUAAGGCGUUUUUUAAAGGCGGUUAACUUUCAUGUAAAAGAGAAUUUAAAACAAGGCUUCACAUCCUAACGCAUUUAAUAUUAAAAACCAGUGACUUCAUGUGAUGCGUUGCCUCUCUCUAACACCUUUAUAACAACGCCAACUGAGCGUUUUAUAUACUACGCACUGACCGAGCUACCAAGCAACAAUUGGCUUAUAAAGCCUGUGCUGUAAAAAAACUUAAUCAAGCACCUCUGACCGAAGGUAAUAUUAUAGGCGAAUUACGGGCGGCCAGUGCCUGAUAUUCUCUAUUGUAAGAGUGAGUCAACGACGCCAGGAGUUAAAUGAUGCAUUAAGCAAGACCUUCCUCCAGUAAUGUUCUUCAAACGAUUAUGUCCAUCACGCAACCUGCGUCCAUGCUACUGCUAUCAGUGACAUCUUUUGCAUAGAACUUCAGGAAUAUUCAGUUUAGAAUACAUGACUACAAUAAAGAAAAUUGAACGAAUAAGAAUGAAUAAUUCAAUUAAAACGUGGAAUCAAUUAAUAUUAACAUUCAAAAUCUCGAAGGUCAAAAUAAGCUUUCCAUUAGUAUUGCAGGUGCGAUUCUUCACUAAAAGCCCAACAAAAAUUGCACAAUUGUCCACAUAAACUAAAAAGGUUCACGACCCCCGUCUUUCCCUUUAAGUAAAUUACAACCAAACUUGAAAUGAAGCUUCCCAUUUGCAUCGAUGCUAUCGUGUUUAGUCCAUGCAAGUUGUUAUCGAUGUUGUUGCUGUUGUUGAUUAAUAUCGCCCUAACCUCUUGUUAAUGCAACAGAAUCUCGUCUACGCGUAAUAUAUAAGUUUGCUGUAAUGAAAACAGCCGUAACUUAGGUGUAAUUUAACUGGUCUUCAAUAAAAUACUUAAUACCGUACUCAUUAAUAGCGUAAACUAAGUUUAAAGUUGAAGUUGAAAUAAGUUGACGCAUAUAAAGGCAUUAUCAUUAAGCAUAAAUUGACGCUUUAUACCGAUAAGUUAUGUCAAACAUCAUUGACGCUAAGACGAUAGUGAAAGUUAUACGCAGCAAGGCAUAUCCUAUUGCGACGCAGUUCCUUAAACUUCUAGCUUGAUUAGAAUUGAUUGACACUAAUUUUAAAGUGCGUAGAAUAAAUCCGUAACUUUUAGGCCAACGAUACAAUGAUUUUCACUGUUAUUCACCGUUGUUCGUAACACACUAUUGUUUACUGUUGUUUAUGAGUUACAGUUACACAAUUAGUUACUGUUGUUCGUAAGACUUUGGUUCCAACAUGUUCCUACCAAUGACCAUUGCUUAACACUCAUACAUGACUAGGGAAAAGUAUAAGUAGAAAUCUUGCUGAGAAGCGCAUGACGUCAAGUCUGCAUUCCAGACUUAUUCUACCUAUAUACUCGCAUACUCACGGAUGAAUGCUGGGAUCUCGCUCAGAAGCUGCAUUUAAACUCUACUCAAUAUCGUAAAUUAGUCACAAAUUACCAGCAAAGCCAAAUGAUAAAUCUCUCGAGGUUUUCAGCAAAGAUGAGCCUUACAUCUCAAAAAUAACCACGCGUUUGGUAGAAUAAUUUCAAUAAUUAGCAGUUAAAAAAGAAUUCUUUAUUAUCGAGAGUGGGAAUUCUUGAAUUCGAGAUCAUCGUUUGCAAUUUCAUUGACUCGACACCAAAACAAGAUGAUUUGACGUAUAUAUACGACGAUUUUUAAUGACAAUUUUUUCAAUUAACACUUAAAGAGACACGACUCGCUUUAUUGCAACAAAAACAUUGCAUCAUGGAACAAAGUCUGUUCGAAGAGUGGUCCAAUAAUGAGGUUUAUGAUACUUUUUAUUAUUAAUCUAUAAUUGUGUGGUCUAUACUAUUUUAAUUGUUCAUCAGCAAUUUAGAGCAAUGAAUUAUUUUUUCCCUCCAAGUCGAUAUAUAUACACAUUCCCCAACAUUGAACUAAAAAUGUAGCGGAAUUUCAGCUAAGAGUCGUUUUUCAACUUGUUUCAAGCCGACUGAACCACUCGUAUCGUAACCAUUAAGUUUGUAAGCCGGACAACUUGUGCAUCAGUUUGAAGUUAUACAUACGAAAUAUUUAAAUAAACUUGAAAUAGUUCACUUAAUUUUAACGUCAAUUAAGUUAUGGAUGAAUGAGAAGCGGAACGGAUGCAUUAAUCGACUCUGAAUACUUACACUGAAAAAUCUCCGAUAAGUUUGAAUCCAUGUGAAAUUUUAACUCAUUUUAUAUAAAGUUUCUUCAAACACAAUAAACUUCAAAUGCA